AUGCCACUAAAAUCACUGCCCCGGCUUUCCUCAAGUCCUCUGUGCCAGAGCCCAAAGUUGUCAAUUCUGUCUGCAAGCAUACCUCUCAGGGCUGUGCAGAAAAUUUUAUCAAUCGACCCGGCGUACUACACAGACCACGUGCGGUACCACGCCGCGCUCGACCCCGCGAGCGAGCAGACGCGCGACCUGCGCGAGCUGUACACCGCCUUUGGCAAGUUGACACACGAGGCAGUUCUCCCCCGGCAAACCAAGGUCCGCUACUACGAGGAGCUGAUCCGGACCUUUGUGCGGCUCGAUUUUGGUGUCUACGCAAGCACGCAACCGCGUUUGGCCCAAAUCAAUGGCAAGCUCGGGCCCAGCACUCUCAAAGAGGUCCUGCUGGCCAAUCCGGGCCGCAGGUGGUCCAGCUACGAGCUCUUCGAACAGCACUCCACCUCCGACCGCGAUGUGAAGCAUAUUGUGCUGCAACGCCUUGUGGACGGCGAAAAAGCCGACACAGAGCCCGAAGACAUCAAGAUCUCCUUUUUCAAGGCGCGCAACAUCCUGAAGCUGGCGGCCGAUAGUUUCGCCGAUUUGGGGCAGGAUUCCCAGAAGAGGCUGGUCACCGACUUCUUCGCUCUGGAGCUGGACUCGUAUAUCGCUGUCCUGCCCCUGGACGUCGAUGUCAGAAAACAGCUGCUGGAGCUGCCAGAUCUCACGCCCAAACAGCGUCUCAGUCUGCUGACGCUGGAUCUGCCGGAUCCGGUGCUCAUCGAGAACCUCGUGCCGAUUGCUCGCGCAGGAAAGCUUGAAACAUCGGAAAACGAGAAACUGAUGCACGAACAGCUCGGCUUCCUGCCGGCUCUGGACCCUGAAAAAACUGCCUGGAAAUUAAUUCAGGUUCUCGAGCCUCUGCCUCAGGCCGCGGCUGCCAUCGCAAAAGCGCGCGGAUUUUUCCUGGAGAAACCGCAGGCCGUGCCGCCGGACUCGCUGGCCGCCAGUCUAGACGAGCUCAACUUUCUCAUCGGCGCACACGAGACCGUGCGCACGGGAGCUACGCCUGUUCUUGUCGAGACGACCAGUCCGCAGAUUGCGUGCGCAAAAAUCCUGCUGCACGCGUGGAACGGCUGCCAAGACGAGGCGCUGGACGAGUACAAUGCAGCAAUCACCAAGUGGGGCGCAGAAACAGACACCAGCAGCCAGCUGGUGUACUGUCUCGUUCUUGCUACGUUGCUACAGCACGACGUGCAACUGGCGCAGUACAUCCGCAAAAGAGCGGUCGACGCGGGUCUCGUGAGCAAGAGCGCCGACCGACGCGUCGCCGACACGAUGAAGACCUACGGCGACCUCGUCGAGGAGAAGAGAGACGCGCGCCAGGGCCUCCAAAACGAAGUGCUAUCCACCCUCGUGCAUUUGGCAGAAACUGUGGAGACCGCCUAG